CGCAUGACGACAUCAGGUAUGCGACCAGCUUAUUAGCUAGCUGAAUGACGGCAACAGUUACCCGAAGGAGCGGAGCUAACGUGAACUUAUCCGUUAACGUUACCGGGCCAAUCCAAACCUGAAGCACAGAGACAGCUGGGUCUCUCUCCCUCAGUGACCACAGAGAGGUCUGAGCCUCCAUCACCAUGACAGACAACAAGCGCCUCGCUUUCUCCAUCCUCCAGUUCCUCCAUGAUCAGCUCCAGUCAGGGAAUCUGAGCUCAGGCGCCCAGGAGAGUCUGGAAGUUGCUGUCCAGUGUUUGGAGACAGCGUUUGAAGUCUCGACUGACGACCAGAGCCUCGCCGUCCCCAUGACGUUACCAGAGAUCUUCGCCUCAGCCACAGCCAAGCUCCCGUCUGAGUCUCGGGUCAACAACAACUCCUCUCCACAACCUCCAAACUCCCUCACUGAGGAACAGAGAGCCGAGGCCGAGACUCUCAAAACUGAUGGUAACGACCAAAUGAAGGUGGAGAACUUUGCAGCUGCUGUCGAGUUUUACUCAAAGGCCAUCGCCAUCAACCCUCAGAACGCCGUCUAUUACUGCAACAGGGCUGCAGCGUACAGUAAACUGGGGAACUAUGCUGGAGCGGUGCAGGACUGUGAACAGGCCAUCAGCAUCGACCCAAACUACAGCAAAGCCUACGGGAGGAUGGGUUUGGCUCUGGCCAGCCUCAACAAACACACAGAAGCAGUGAGUUACUAUAAGAAAGCUCUGGAGCUCGACCCCGACAACGACACCUACAAAACCAACCUGAAGAUCGCCGAGGAGAAGAUGGAGACGUCCAGUCCAACAGCAGGGAUGGGUGGAGUCGAUCUGGCCGGUCUGCUCAGUAACCCCGGCUUCAUGAACAUGGCGUCCUCUCUGAUGAACAAUCCUCAGGUUCAGCAGCUGAUGUCGGGGAUGAUGUCAGGGGCGUACGGUGGGAUGCCUGGAGGAGGAGGAGGAGGCGGCCUAGGAGGAGGAGGAGGCGGCCUAGGAGGAGGAGGAGGAGGCCUAGGAGGAGGUGCAGCGCCCCCCGGAGCUGCUGCAGCUGGAGAUUUAUCAGGACUGAUCCAAGCAGGUCAGCAGUUUGCUCAGCAGAUGCAGCAGCAGAACCCCGAACUCAUCGAACAGCUGAGGAGUCAAAUCCGCAACCGAACGCCCAGCGCUGGAAACGAGGAGCAGCCAUGACACUCAGAUACAGUUGGACAUGUUUGUGUGUGAAGAAGAAGAGGAAGAGUUGAUUUGAGUCAUUUCUAACUCGAAGGACUAAAAGGAAGUUUUUUGUUUUUUUUUUCCCCAUCACUGAAUAAUUCCUGCACGAGAGAACGAGGAGCUUCAUUCAGUCACCAAAAACUACAAACACCCACUUCCUGCGGCUCUGUGUGGUUUUUAGGAAGAACAUUUUGACUUUAACACUUUGAUAUCAAACACAGAUGAAUUCUAAUAAAUCAAUAAAUCAAUAAUUCUCUAAUAGGAACCUGUUAAAGAGAACUUUCUUCUUAAAACUACACAGUGUAACUUUAAAUGUGUUUGUCCAGGACCUGUGUGUGUGUGUGUGUGUGUGUGUGUGUGUGUGUGUGUGUGUGUGUGUGUGUGUGUGUGUGUGUGUGUGUGUGUGUGUGUCAGGUUGAGCUGUGAGGAGGCAGAGAACUGUUCAAACACAGUCUGACAAUUAAAAAGAGCAUCUCAACAUUUUACACCCUC